GCGGGCCGGCCCCGCCCCGCCCCACGCGAUUGGCUGCCCGGGCGGGGAGGGGGCGGGGCGAUGGCGGCGCGGCGGGCGCCCCUCCCACGUGCGGCGGCGCGAGCACACAUCCCGCACGUAGCCGGCGUGUUCACCGCGCGGGGCCGUCUGCGCUCCGCGCCGCGGGCGGGGCUGCCGCGCCCUCCCCGCGCCCCGGGGCACUCCCGCACACUGCCGGGCGCCAGCGGCGGCAGCAGCAGCGCAGGGCUUCGGCAGCACCGCCGCUCCCGCAGCGCCGGGCCGCGGUGCGUAGCCGAGCCCGCAGCGGCGAAAGUUUUACCGCGCCUCGCCCGGUCCCGCGCCGCGGCGGAGCCCCUGCCCGGCUCGGCCUGGAGCGGACGGCGGCUCCACGGACAUCGCCUCCCAGCGCGGGCUCCGGCAGAGCGGCGGCGUGCCCGUUCCCGCCGCGCCAUGCCGCUGGGGCACAUCAUGAGGCUGGACCUGGAGAGAAUCGCCCUGGAGUACAUCGUGCCCUGCUUGCACGACAUCGGCUUCUGCUACCUGGACAACUUCCUGGGGGAGGUGGUGGGGGACUGCGUGCUGGAGCGGGUGAAGCGGAUGCACCGCGACGGGGAACUGGCCGACGGGCAGCUGGCCGGCCCCAGCCGCGGUGUCGCCAAGCGACACCUGCGCGGCGACCAGAUCAAGUGGAUCGGAGGCACGGAGGAGGGCUGCGAGGCCAUCAACUUUCUCCUCACGCUGAUAGACCGGCUGGUGAUGUACUGCGGGAGCCGGCUCGGCAAGUACUACGUGAAAGAGCGAUCCAAGGCUAUGGUUGCUUGCUAUCCUGGAAAUGGAACUGGGUAUGUUCGUCAUGUGGAUAAUCCAAAUGGAGAUGGGCGCUGCAUCACCUGUAUUUAUUACCUGAAUAAGAACUGGGACUCCAAGCUGCAUGGUGGAAUUCUUCGAAUAUUCCCGGAAGGAAAGUCCUAUGUAGCAGAUGUUGAGCCGAUUUUUGACCGAUUACUUUUUUUUUGGUCCGAUCGAAGGAACCCACAUGAAGUCCAGCCUUCUUAUGCAACCAGAUACGCCAUGACUGUGUGGUAUUUUGAUGCCGAAGAAAGAGCAGAAGCCAAAAAGAAGUUCAGGAACUUAACCGAUGCAAGGAAGAGAGAAGCACCUCUAAAUGAAGACUAAUCAACUGUUCAUGAACUCUUUGUGAGAAAAUAAGAUCCCAAAGAUGACUUCUACUUCCAGCAAAUAAGGGCAAAAUGUUUUUAUGCACAAGAAUGCACCAGUUGUGUCUAGAAUGUGCAUCUUAUGCUGAUGGUACUUAAGGCAGCCUCCUGUCAUGCUGCAUCUGGUAGAGGAAAGACUUAUUUACUCCUUGCCUUUUGCUGGAAGAAAUAACCAGGGUUUUUUUUUAAAAAAGAGUAUGUGAUACUCAAGCCUUGUGGUAAUUGCUCAGCCAAUUGGCUUUUGAUCGCUCUUGUGAUAAGAUAAUAGUCAUUGGAACUAGUGGUAAAAGAACCUGAGUCUUAUUUGCACUUUAUGGGGAAAAAAAGUUCUAGUUCUUCUAGUGGGAAGAAGCCUUGCAAGUUUAAAAUCAGUUGGCAGACUGUUAACAGGCACAGAGAUACUGGACAUGGGAAAUUAAAUUGGAUAUUUGUAGAGUGUCAUUUUAUAUGUCCCAAAUGGACCUAUUGAUGUAUUGUUCAUCAUUUUGCUGUGCAGAGCAUUGGUUCAGCUCUUCAGUAACAUGACUUCCCAGAUGUUUGUCUACACAAUCGUUACAUUUUCUGGAUUUUGUUUGCUCUUCAAGAGGCAUGUUCUAGCUGUGCAGCUGUACUGCCCUUUGUGUCCCAGGACCGAUUGGAAAGUUCAUGACUUCAUAAAACCAUUUUUUUUCUGUUUUGAGCAGGAUGGGUUGUAUGUUUUCUAUUUUCACAGUUUGGUAAAGCAGCUGUUUUCUCCCAAAAGUCUGGUAAAUUUGGAAGGCAUAAGGCACAAAAUGCAUUGGCCCUUAAGGCCAGUGAUAUGUUGAGAGGUGUUUGCUCCAUCUGCUAUGUCCUGUGUGACAUAGACACAAAUCUGAAAGGAAAAGAUAUGUCUGGCAGUCUGACAAAUUUAUGAUAAAUGAGAUGGGUAACUUAGACUUGAUCUUUAUGCUGCAUAUUCUUAGUAAACACACUUGUUUAAUUUUGCAUGCAUGUGUAAUUUGAAUGAAACUGCAAUUCUGUGUCAAUUGAUCUGUGAUGCCAGGUAACUACUGCUGCUGUGCCUGUGAGAUCAGAGUUGUUCAAUGGCAAAGCACACUUUUUUUUCUCCAUUAUUUUUUUUUAAACUUGUUAGACUCAAUGAGAAACUGGUGACCUAUUUCCAAUCUGUCUAAACUUCUACAACCAGCACUUACUAUGCAGUUCAAAAUAGCUCUUAAUGAAGCUGGGAGCUGGCAGUGGAUGUGUUUAUCACUCACACUAAUUGUUCUCAACCUACACUUACUUGUGUUCAUCUUUAUCUCAUGCUCUCAGUGUGUAUGUCAGAUCCCAUUAAAUGUUCCAAAUAGAUGCCCCCUUCAGUGUCCCAUAUUUUCUGUGCCACCUGCCCAUGGUGGUGAAGGUCCCCUGCACCACUUCUCCAGGCUCUGCUGAUCUGUUGUGCUGUGAUGGGGCUGCCCUUGAGCUAGGGAAUGGAAAAGUAGUGUGCAAUGGCAACUGUUAAACAUCAGUGACAGAAAGGUAACAGCUGCAUAGGAGAGAAAAGAAGUAACUUUCAUGACAUAAAAAUGAUAAUAGAAAAUGGAGCAUUUUUAAAGCAGUUUUGUAUCUUAAAGAAAAAAAAAGCAAAAAGCUGAGCAUCCUUCAGCCUGUCCAUGAAUGCUGAAUGCAAAUACAGGAGUACUAAGAAACCCUUUAUUCUCUCUGGCUUCUCCCAGAGUUCCAGCUAUGGUCCAAUAGGCCUGACCACUGUGCACCUUAAGAGAGGAAUAUAAGGGAACAUGUGUGACAAAUAUUUUUACAACUCAAGACUAGAAAAAGACGAAGAACAUGAUAAAUGUCCUUUACUGUUAGGAAAAACAUUAUUCCACUACAGUUGCUUCUAAGUAACACACCAGAGACUUGAAGGAGACUCAGUGAUAACUUGAAAUUCUCAUUCUGAAAUGUUCAUGUGUGAGGCAAAAGAGUUUGGGCUCCUCCUUGAGAGUGAGAGGGAAUCCUUUGAAAUAUGAGAGGUGCUGGAAAAGGUAGGAUUACUAUUUAGAAAGGGUGAUGGAAUGCAACCUGUUGUCUUACUAUGCAAAGUUGAUAAUGGCACAUAAAUUUGAAACUCCAACAUGAUUUUUAAAGGAGGAAAACCAGAUAAAACAGAGCAAAUACUGCUUUGCCUCUAGAAACUGUAACCUUAAAAAUGAACUAAAAAGCAUUGUUAGUACACAUCUUACUGGAGCUUGGAACGGUGGAAAAACAAUGUGGAAGGGGAAAAGUUUUGUGUAAGGGCUGAAAAAGGAAGGUCAGUUAUCACUGUUGCUACCACCACGUUUCUGCAGUGGUCAGCAACAUGUGUGGUGAAUGGAGCAUGGAGCAGUAUAGUUGCAUUUAUUUUAAAUAAAGUACACAUUUUCAUUUUUAGCCAAUAUCUUCCUCAUCUAUAUUACAUAUAUAGUAGACAGAGCAAUUAUUCUAUGGCAGAGAGUGUUGUCUUUACAAAGAUUACAAUCUUAACACUUGUAAUCAAGUGCAAAAGAGGUUGAGGGCUUGAGAAUUUGAAACCAAUUCCUCAGUCCUCUGUUUCAGAUUUCUACUCUGAUAGUGGGAUGAUCUCCAUGAAAAAGCUGUAGUUUAACUGGGGGUGGGGUGUAGGGGGUGUUGUUCAUGUAGGAAUACACAGGUGUGAUGUUUCCUACAUAGAUUUCUCUUGCCUGUCUCUAGAAUUGUUGCAAACUGCUCUGUAGGAGUGAAAUUGUGUGAGGGAAGCAGGCUUCUACAGUGGGGAGGGUAUUGCAAAGAGGCUUUUUCCUUGUGUUUUGUCUUCAUAGCAAACUGUUUAAAUUAAAUGGCUAAACAGCACUUGUCAGCCAGUUGUGAAAAGGAACGCUUUCUCUAAGGCAUUUAACUUUGAAUCCUCAAAAAAUUCUAUUUUUUUUAAUCUUAGGUAAUGUGCCUUCGUUGUUCUUAUCUGUGAAGAUGUUUCAUGCUGCGCAUGCAUGUUGUGUCAUGUCAUGCAAGUUUUUGAUGGCUCUUUAAAAAACAUGGUUGCCUUUUCAAUUGCAUGGGAAAAAUAUGCAGAGCCACUAAGCUGCAAUUUUCAACAGGAGGUUUUUGUUGUGCAGGGAGGAAAAAAGGCCAGGAGACAGUGCUGAAAAUCGAGAGACUGUUUUUAUUCUUAAACCUGAGAUCACUGGCCUUUUGAGGAAAGUAGCCUCUAAUAAAUCUUUCUCUCUAGAUUACUUCUGGUUCUAUGAAGAAUGACUUCUACAAAAUAGUGUCUAAAGAGUUCCUUUUUUCCCUUCUGUUUUUAAACAGUUUUAGUCCUUUGUGUUUUUUAAAAUGUUGGAAUAUAUUAUAUGUAUUUCUUGUUGUUGCAAAAUAGCUGGCUCUAACACCACUUCCAUCUAGAAGAAAAUGUGUCUAUUUGCAGGCAAAUGACUAGUUCUGCUUUGACUCUGAUGUACUCCCAGCAGACAUCUGAGAGUGAGUUAUGACUGCAUCUUCUCUUGUCAGGUUGUAUGCUGGUCAACAAUGCUGGCACUUUGCAUUGGAUUCAUAUAGAAACCCCUGGUAGUAUUUUACCACACAUCACAUUUUGUGUCCCUGUUACUAGUAAAAAACAAAUGUCGCAGGAGUCAAUAAACACUGGGUCAUGUUAAACA